AUGGCGCAGGAGGCGGCGGAGCUGCUGUCGGCGGCGCAGGCCGAGCUGGCGGCCCGGCGGCUCUCGGCGGCCGAGGAGCUCUACAACCGCUUCAUCGCCCUGAGCCCCGCGGGCGCCCGCCGCGACCUCGCCACGGCCCUCAACGACCGCGGGCAGGUGCGGUACCUGCAAGUGGAGUUCGCCGCCGCCCUGCAGGAUUACACGGCCGCCAUCGAGUGCCAGCCCGGCUUCGAGGUGCCCUACUACAACCGGGGGCUGGUGCGCUACCGGCUGGGUGUAGCUCCAGAGAGCACAGUUUUCUCAACUUCCAAUUGGCUGCCAGACACCUCUGGGGAGUGUCUUGCCCAGGUUUUGACUAUGUCGUUAGGAAAUCACACUCCUGUGCCCUUUAUUGGAGUUUGGCUGUUGCAAAGUCCAGACACAGAAGGAGACUUUGAUGAGGCCAUGCAAGAUUUCAGGAAAGUAUUAGAGUUAAACCCCCAGUUUGAAGAUGCUGCAUUGAGUCUAAAACAGGCUAUUCUUGAUAAAGAAGAAAAACAGAAGCGGGGGUAUUGAAAAUAGAGCUAGUGGCGUGAAAAUGUUUUGCUAAACGUGGUUUUUGUCAUUGAUGGAUGAAACACAAGAUCGUUUACAUCUGUUAUGACCUAUGAAGAAACCUCAUUCUUGGGUAAAUAAGUUAAAAUGGAUAUGAUUGCAAAAUAAACUGUGUUUGGAUAGUGUUGAGGAUAAGUAUAAUGUUGGAUCUCUGUGAGACACGAAUACAGAUUUUGUACAGAAAUACCUUUUAAAGAUGUUGGAAGCUCAGUAGUAGCAAAUGAAGCCUUGUAGUUCUCUUACUAAAACUCCUUUAUUCAUUCACAGAUUGUUUUAAACAGUCUUUCAUAGGGAGGAAAAAUCAAACUGCACAAAACAUUUAAAUACUUAUGAUUGGAGCUUGUGAGAAAUGCAAUAAUGAUAGUGUUUCUCCACAUAGAAAUGUUAAUUUUAUUUAAGCCUAAAGUGCAAUUGUUCUUGUAAGAUGUUGUCCUUGAUAUUCUCUAUGGUAUCUGAAUUUCUUCUUCAUUUCAGAGUGUUUCUGUGUUAAAAAACAUGUAACAGAUAUAAUGAGGUCUUUUUAGGUGACACCAUCUGUACCUUGCUCAAGGAAUGUGGUAGGAGAAUUCAGUCCUUUGUUCAUUCGUUCACUCCUGGAGUUAGUUUUACGUUACCUAAACAGGUAGGAACAGAGCACACCUAUUUUUUGUAAUCCUAUUGUAAAAGUUUUGGCCAGAUUAAUAAUUGAGAGAAUAAAAAUGAACACGUACUUUUUAUCUUAUGACUGUCUGCAAAGAGCUUAUCCUAGAAAAUAUUCACAGGAGGAAUCGUGGCUUUCUCACUGUAAUUGAAGAGAUCAAUUACCUGAAAAAUGCAGUGUUAAAUCAGUCUGAUGAAACUGGCUGUCAAUACCCAGGCUGCCUCAUUUCUUACAUGAUAGGAGGGACCAUUACUGAAAUCAUCAGCAAGAAACACUGUUGCAUGUUCACAGCAAUACAAGUUCUAAUAGAAGAAAUACUCUCUUGAUUGC